AAAAAAAUCCGCCAAAGUUUUGCUAAAGGACAACAUUGGGAAAUUGAAUACAAUAUAGGCAAACACCAUGAUUUUGAUUGGUUAAAGUUUGCAGUACAUGCAUUACUAAGGGAAUAUGAAAGUGGAUCGUUAAAGGCUUCAAAGAAAGAAUUGUGGUAUAACAUUCAUAACUGGUCGUUUAUAGAUCAAAUCUUUGAUGACGUACCUGUCAUGGCUGUAAGAUUUGUGACUUAA